GAUGAGCGGGGAGGGGCUGGGAACUGCGUCCAGAACAGGAAGAGGACGAGGAUGCUGAUGUGGCCUCGGCAGGAGGCAGCCGGCUCCGCGGCGCAGUCCGUGCAAUGGUCGGGUGCUUCCUCCUGGCAUCCUCUGCGGUGCCCCCGGGACUCCUGGCUCAGCCCUCUGCGCUCGGCCAACACGUCCGAUGCCUCCUGCGUCUGUCCCUUCCAACGCGCAUUCACGCCUCUCCUCCGCGGCUGCUUUCUCCGAGGCUUAAGCAGCCCUGUUUUCAGGAGGAGGAGGGAGAUGUAACGAUUUCUCUUUGGAGUGUUCACAGAUAAUCCAGGAAAUCCCGAAAUGUACUGGCUUCCGGGCCCUCUCCAUCCCUAAGGAGGCGGAGCCAUUGAGUAGGUCCACACUUCUCUGGCGGCCUCUCAAGACAGGAGUAUUGGAGUGUCAAGAAGGGUCAGGGUUCUGCUGUGUUUUGAGACCUUUUUCACUGGCCGUCCCCACCACGCCUGGAAGGCUCUCCUCCUCACUACACCUUCUGCCUUCCUGGCUUCCUUCAAGUCCCAGCUGAAAGUCCACCUUCUACAGGAAGCCUCACGGAUCUUCUUCAUUUGAUGGGUGAUUAUCUCUAACUUAUUCCGUCUACAGCUCGUUUGUGUGUUUUCUCCCGAAUUAGGCUUCAAGCUCCUUGGAAGCAGGGACUGUCAUUUGCCUUUCUUCGCAUCCCCAGGACUUAGCACUAUGCGUGGUGCAUAGCAGGUGCUUAUCGACUAACCUUUCUCCUUGCAGUGUGGCAGAAAGAGCGAUGCUUUGGACCCGGAGCAUCUGUGCUUGAAUCCUCCCUCUCUAGGCUAUUUGUGUGACCUUGGGCGAGUCACUGAGGUCCUUUCCAGUUCCAGAUCUGGGAAUCCUACAGGGUUCUAGGCCUCUUGAGAUGCUGGGUCGUCCAGACUCACCUGCCUCAGGGGGGACCUCAGCUUCAGGUAGAUGGAGAGCCUAAGAAGGGUGUUACCUCAGCUGUGUCUAUCGUGUUAACUAUUAGUUGAUUAAGCACCUCCCUCUCGCUAGGCCCUGGGCUGGGCACAAGAUCCAGCCCCGGGCCCGGAGGAGCUUACCUUCUCCCGGAGUGACGGAUCACACACCCAUAAGGAUGGAUAACUAACGGGAGAGAGGGAUCGGGGCAGAGAUUCCAAACGAGAGCCUCCGAAUAUGUGAGUAGUUUUCAGCUCCGGACAGGGGAGAUCAGGGAGCGCUGCGUGGAGGAGGCGUGAAGGCGACAAGAAGGACCGAGAACACUGCGGGCGCAGGUUCUGGGCACGGAAGCCUGCCUCCAUCUGCCGAAAAGUCCCGCAGCUGUCCGGGAAUCUCCCGGACUGGGAACUCCCACAGGCGCCCGCCGUUGAACAGCUCGCGGGAACGCCCCUGCUUUUGGCCCCCGCCGGCUACCGUAGCUCGGACCCCUUGCGUCCCUAGCAACCGUUAGUGCGCGCCUCUUCCUUCGGAGUCCUCGAAUCCCGCCCUCUCGGGGAACGCGAUUGGCGGGCUCCCUCUGUCGGGCUCCGCCGGCGCCCGAGCCCCGGCCCGUGAUUGGCCCGCGGGCCGAGAAGGCGCGAAGCGGCCCGCCUCUUGGGGGGGGUCCGCGCUUGGAGCCCACAGUCGGCCGGUCGCUCCGUCCUGCCCUAGGCUGUUGCCGCCGCCGGCCCUGCCCUCAGGUGAUUUCUUAGGGGUGACAAGUAGGUGAUCUGCUUCAGGUCUUCAGAUGUCCUUGAAGAUUUUCCUGGAAGAUGGUUUUGUGUGUACACCAAGGGGAUUGUCCUUAUUGGAGAAUGUGGAGAUUCCGUUUGAAGAAGAUGGCUUAGAGCUGAGCAGACACUUUCCCAGGGUUUUCCAGCAUCUGAGCAGGAAGAAUGGCUUUACCAGACUCUGUAACAGUAAGAAGUCACUAACGGAAGACAAAUGGAAUACCUAUUGCUUGUCUUCACUGGCUGCCCAAAAUAUUUGUAUGAGCCGAUUCAGCGUGAUGCCCCCGCUGGAGCAUUCUGAACUGCCCAGUGCUAUAUGUAAUUCUUCCUAUACCUCCUUACUGAACAGCUUCUCUUCGAAGUCAUCCCUUCACUCUCUAUCUGCGUCUGUGUACACGUGUGCCCCAAAUAAAGCCGUGCUCAUAGUGGACUUGAAGACGAUGAAGAUCCUCGUCAUCAAUGACCAAGCUUGCGACCUCCUCGGCUAUGGUGGUCAAGAGCUGAUUGGCCAGAGGUUGUCGGUGUUCUUUUCUAAAUCCAGCACCUCAGUAGUGGAGGCGUUACUUAAUGAAUCUGAUCCGACAUCUGGACAAAACGUCAUCGCUUUUGGAACAGUGGUGGACCUCGUCUGCUCCAGCAAGGAGAAGAUUCCUGUCUCUAUCUGGAUGAAGACUGUGGAGCACAAUAGCUCUCCCUGCUGUGUGGUUCUGCUGGAGCCCGUGGAGAGGUUCACAGUCUGGGUCACUUUCCAGAGCGAUGGCAAGGUAAUAUCGUGUGACCACCUUUUUGCUCAACUCUUUGGCUACGCGUCCUUGGAAGAAGUGAUAGGGAGCGAGAUCACAGACCUGAUUCCUUCUCUGCGGAGGCCAUCCCUGGGCCAGCAGAUCAUGGAGGACCUCAGGAUUCAGAGGCUGACGGGCAGAACCAAGGAUGGCAGAGCCUUCCCCUUGAGCUUAAAGCUGCGGACGGACAUCCCGGAGGAGGAGGAGGAGGAGGGCCAGGAGGCCCCUUCGCUGUUCGUCUACUCGGCCUCCCUCUGGAUUUUUACCACCAUCAGCGGCUUAAUCACUCUUCAGCCUGAUGGGACCAUCUAUGGCAUCAACAGCAAUUUUGCUCUAACAUUGUUUGGUUAUGAAAAGGUGGAGGUGCUGGGGAAGAACAUCACAUUUCUGAUACCUGAUUUUUACAACCAAGUGGACCUGGUAGAAAAUAGCCCCGUGCCGUCGCUCAGUACUGUUAGUGUCUCGGAAGGAAGAAAUGAGAAUAAGGCGGAGAAGGGGAAGGAAGAUGAUAAAGAGGCGCGUCGUACAGAGAGUGCCAAAGGUGCCAAUGUUAAUAUGUUGCAUUCUGCAAAUGAACUUCGCCAGAUCCUGGAGGACCAGGAAUCAGCAAGACCCUCAAGAGACCCCAGCAAGAUGGUGACUCCAGUUGAAAAUGAUGGGAACAGUUCUGCACUUUCUUUUUCACCCACACCAGGGAUGGAUAAUGUCAUUGCUGAUGGUCCACCUGUGCAAGAGGAACAGCCCUCGUCUAUGGGAGCGUCUGAGGAGGAACUUGCAGAGUUGGGGACGGUGCAAGGCCAAAAAAGCAUAAUUGGCAUCUUGAAGAAGGACUCUGACAUUCAAUCUAAAAGAGACCCUAAAAACCACCCACAGAAUUCAGUUGCUAUAUUGGGAGAAUCCUCUUCUCAACCUAGGGUCUUGGAAAAUGCCAGUGGAGAAAGUGACUUGUCAGGGGCCCCAGGUGUUAGUGAAGUCACAGAUGGUGACAUGAACUCCUCUGCUUCUGGGGGUAAGGAUCACUCUCCUGAGACUUUAGGCUCCGAGGCGACUCCUCCACCCAGUGAGGAUGGGCAGAAGCUGGACACCUCUGAGGACAGCCGAGGAGGAUCAGCACCAGCUCUUUCAGCCCAUGGCCCUCCAAAAUAUAAUAACGUGGAUCCCUCAAAAGGCCCACUGGAAAAGCAAGCACUGAAUGCUCGAGCAACCUCCACCCCUGUGAAAAUGGAGAGGACACAGACCCCGAGACCUGGCUUCGAACCGGAGAUCCAGGAAGGCACUUACGCGGGGACCGGUUAUCACCGCGAUGGCACCGGGCUCAGUAUACAGUUUGAAAUAAAGCAUGUGGAGUUAAAGGGACCUGCAGAUUUGUUUUGCUGUUGGGUGGUGAAGGACUUCUUCCAAAACCAUCGCCCUAUGGGAAGGGCCCAGUACCUGUUUUCCAGCUUCUGCUCCUCAUCUCAGUCCUUACUGGAAGAGUCUAGGAUCAGCACAGAAAUGAGAAGGCCAAAAGAUUAUUUUGAUGAAUACUCCCGGAGUCGAGAUGUAGAAGGACUGAGGGCUUAUAAUGGAGAAUAUUCUAAGCAUUAUAUCACCCUGAGGCCCAUUGGCAGUGGGGCCUUCGGCUUUGUUUGGAUCGCUAAGAGUAAGGAAGAAGACGAGGAGGUAAAGACCCUCUCGGCAGGCGUGGAGCUGGCAGAGGCUUCUCUCCUGGUGUCUCUUGUGGUGGUGGUGAAGUUUAUUAAGAAGGAGAAGGUGUUGGAGGAUUGUUGGGUGACAGAUCCCCAGCUGGGAAAAGUGACUCAAGAGAUUGCCAUUCUCUCGAGGAUGCAGCAUCCCAACAUCAUUAAGGUGCUAGAUGUGUUUGAGAAUGAAGGGUUUUUCCAGCUCGUGAUGGAGAAACAUGGCUCUGGCAUGGAUCUCUUCACAUUCAUCGACAGCCACCCCGCUCUGGAUGAGCCCCUGGCCAGCUAUAUCUUCAGACAGGUAGUGUCAGCCAUAGUGUAUCUCCGAUCCCAAAACAUCAUCCACAGAGACAUUAAAGAUGAAAACAUCAUCAUCGCAGAGGACUUCACAAUUAAGCUGGUGGAUUUUGGCUCAGCUGCUCAUAUGGAACCUGGCAAAUGCUUCUACACCUUUUGUGGCACCAUCGAGUACUGCUCCCCAGAAGUCCUCAUGGGACAUGCCUACCAAGGACCAGAAAUGGAGAUGUGGGCCCUCGGGGUGACCCUCUAUACUUUAAUGUUUGAAGAGAAUCCUUUUAAUGAGUUAGAUGAGGCCCUGGAGGCUGUAAUAAAGCCUCCUUUUCCAGUCUCACCUGACCUUUUGAACCUUCUCUGUGGCCUCCUGGAGCCCAACCCAGAAGAGCGCAUGACCUUGGACGUGCUGAUACACCAUUCUUGGGUGAUCCAGCCCGUGAACUUAGCUAACUAUUCCUGGGAGGAGGUGUUUCACUCAGCUGCCAUACCAGAAAGUAGUAUUCAUUCACCCUAGAGGAGAGAGAGGAGACUGAAUGAAACAGAAUUCCAGUGGCUAAAGUAUCCCGAGAAUGUGUUCUUCAAAGGUGAAGCUGAGCUGCCUCCAGGAAUGCACAGCCCAUGUCUUUGAAGUCUGUUACUUUUUUGUAAGAGAAACUAAUUAAAGUUCAUUAAACUGAACAAUAGAAAUGUGUGAUGUGUUUUAGGGAGAAGGA